UCAGUGGGCGCGAGCGCCUUGGUCUCCAUGACAGUCUUGUUAUUGUUGUUCAGUAGAUAAUCAUGGAUGGAUGAAGAAUACAACUGCUUUUUUGCCACUUAACCUUUCAUAAUAAAUUAGUCGACGAUAUGGUGGAAUAAUCCGAUUUUCGUUUCAUGUUCGCGGACUCUUUACUCUCAGCCACACAAGGUUUGAUAGAUCCGGUUCGGUCCAGCUCAGUGCUGGUUUCUACACAUUUUCCCACAGCACAGCUGUGAUCCAGUGUGUGUGGUUCCGACUGUUAGAGAAGCAUGAGAGAGCAGCAGCGGUGGUGCAGCGGGCCGGUCCGGACACAGGAGGCUCGGAGUCGGAUCACGGGCUUGAUGGAGGAGUUGCGCCUGUAACAGCAUCAGGAGGAUGAUUUCACGAUACAGCCGCCGGCCUGUAUCUCACAGCCUAGAGAUUCGUGGUUUGUCCCGCAGCUGUCUGGACCAGCAUCCUCUCCCAGAGGAGGCAGAUGAUGAUACUGUACAUCCACCCAGACUCCUGCAUGAUCUCCAGGAGGACAUGUCCUCAUACAGCAGGUCUGAGGAGUCCUCUGCAUCAUCCGUCAGAUCAGGAUGUCAGACACACACCACAGAUGACACAGCCCAGUCUUGGUCUGGUAUCCAUAGUUACACGGGAACUGGCAUCUCUACAGAGCGCAGCUCUGUCUUUUCAUGGGGCUACGAUGAAUUUGAUAAAGCCGCCUCCAGGCAGGUCCAGCAGAUGUUUGAGGAGAUUGAAGAACUGUUGUACGAGAGGAAGUGUGAAACACAGCUCAAAGGCCUGCAGGAAGAGUGUCAAGAGUGGGCUUCACGAUUCCCUCAUCUGCGGAUCCUUGGAACACAGCUGGUUUGUCCCACAGAUGAAGGAUUCCAGUGGUACGCUACACCAGCUCAUGCGGCCAUCCCUCCAGUGGCGACCAGAGCAAAGAGAAAACUAACGAGUGAGUUGUGUGUGCAGGGUCGGAGGGCAGUUUUGUGUCGGCCCUCUGCGGAGGUGACCCAUCCUAGUGUCAUGCCCUGUAGUAACCAAGGAGACGAGUUGCCCAGGGUAAUCGAAGCUGAGGGGCUGAUAGAAGAGUAUCUCGCCUUCGACUGCAGGGACCUGGAUGAGGAAUGGGAACGUGAGUUUGUGAACAGACGGCGGAGGCGCUGGCUGCCCCCUGUCUCACCUUAUCGCUGUCGCCGGGAGGCGGUGCUUGAUCUGCUGUUUGAUGACGUGUGGCGUGAGCUCACUGGCUGGAUGGAGGAGCUUGUACGUAGGCAUUGGGAGGGUUUUGUGUCAGAUGAUGAGAAGAAUACUGUGGCCCUCAGCCCUGACUGCCCUGAUACUCAGAAUCCUUUUCUGCUGCUGUCCAAUGUCUCAACAGUGCUUCCUCCACUGUCCCAGACCAGAACACAACAGGCCCAGAGCUCAAACUCAUGGGGUUCAAAGCACAAGUCAAGACGGAAAUCCAAAAAGCAGAGAAAGUCAUCGACUACCAGUCGAGUACCUGUAGGUGCGGCAGUUGCUCAUCACAAUCUCAAUGACCUCAUCAUGAUACAUGGUAUUCCACUGCAGCAAAGGAACCUGGGGACACUGGACCGAAUAGCUCAGGACUCAGAGGAGAAUGUAUCUCAUCGUCCCGGCUCUAGUGUCAUUCCCACCAGUAAACCUCGGCCCUGCCGUGCAAUGGAACAAAGUACCUCCUCUUUGACCCGCCCCCCUCAGUCGGCACGGCGACGGAACCCGGCCCCUCGCACUCUAAUGCCAUUGACAUCCAGUGUAACACAGCCCAUCACAACUAGCUCCAUGGAAGAGGUGGUUAGAGGCACAAGAUUGACGACCGUCAGUGAUCGUUUGGCCUCACCUCCAAUGCAACUCAGUAGAAACACACUCCUCCCUCCCAUUGGCACAGGAGACACAGACCACACAUACUCUGGACAGCACUCACGGCUUCUGCAGAAGCAGAGAGGCUCCCCGAGUCGUGCGCACAGUGCAGUGACCGAUGAGAGUGUCGGCCUGCAGCCCCGAGACAAACUGCACCCACUGGAUGUGUUUUCCAGACCCAACACCACACACACCUUUAGGUCAGACACCCCAUAUCGGCGUUCAUACACUGGAAUAGACAACAUCGGGCAGGGACGACCUGGCAGAGCGUCUGCUGGUGUAGAUUCUCUUGGAAUUGGUGUGACUGGAAUCAGUUUGGGCAUCAGCAGCUCCUCCUUCAUAGACUCAUUUUCCCAUCAUCCCCUUGGUCACUUCCCCAUCGAGCAUGAGGAGGAGCUAGAUGCUAAAGCUCCGCCCCCAGUGUCUGUUCCAGCACGUUCCCACAACAGAGGCGCUUCGACGGCACGCAGUAGCAGACCAGGGCUUUAACACAAACACACUUACACACACAUACGGUCUCCCUCACCUUCUUGAACCAAACUCACCUCAGCAAUGACGCAACUUUUCUUCAGUACUGACAGGCACUUUAUACGUCUGCUGGACUUUUGUAUUACACGCUGUUUGGGCGUGGACUUUAUUUAUGACCGCUGUUGUUAUUAUUAGUAGUAUUGUUAUUCAUGUUGAUGUUUGAAAUUUUCUAAAACCCUAUUUUUGUAUAUUGGACUAUUCAGCUUUAUAUGGCUGCCAAAUACAGGAAACUGUCUUUCCCUUACAUCUGUAGAUGUACUGUACAUGCUGUACUGUAUGGAGUAACAACUUUUGGUUUUCCCUAAAAAUGGCUCUAUGAAGCCUACAUGGAGUUUCUAUGCAGGUUCAUUCAAGCAGGGUAUUAAAUUGCCUGAAUGUCGCCUCACCGGAGUGUUCAGGACCCUGUUGGAUCGUGGAACCUGCUAUAGAAGAUUAUACUAUCUAUAUCCUAGAUGGAUAUUCCAUUGUGAUGCAAUUCCAACAACUUCAUCCACGAUUAUGGACAAUAGGUGUGUAAGAAUUCCUUUUUUAAGAUUAUGAAGAGUCCAAAGGGUUGCAAGUCUUUGUAUCAUGAUUCCGUGAUCAUGUCAUUUUCAAUAUCAUUAUAACAUUCAAACUGACUCCAAGGUCUUAUUCAGUGUAGAACCACCAUGACCCUGUUUUUCAGAAGGAAAUAUAAAUACAUUGAAAUUCUGGAAGUACACUUGCAAUACAAGAGUGGGCCAGUACAAUUGUACAGCUUACAUAAUGACGGUUGAAAAGAGGAUUUCAAGUUUCAAGAAAAUAAGCCUUUGUGAUUGAGCCUUAGUCCCGCAAGCCAUUUAUUAAUUAUUACAUAUAUAAAUAGAAAGGCACACAAAGACUGCAGAGUUCAGGGUUUGUUCAAAUAAGUGUACUGUUUUUUCUUUGUCCGCAUUAAUUGGUUUUUAUAGGAAUAUUAUAGGGAAAGUCUUUCAUUUAGACUUUUAAAUGGCUAUUUGGUUCCUUUGGUGCCAGGAAAUCCUUAAAUAUUUAACACUGACUGGUAAAGCACAUUUUGACGUACCAUUUUACUAGCAGAUAUUGAAUGUGGCUCUUACAGGUUUGUAAUGUUUAUGUGGCAGCUUCACUGUAAAAGCAUUUAUUGAAAACGUACCGAUUCUAACUGAACAUUUGCAUUUCUCCGAUUUGAUUAACGUGUUGAUCUCAGUGAGUGAAUAUUGCUUUUAAUCGACUUUCUUUCAAUCUGGAGAGUAUCUAAGCUCAAAGCAUGUAUUAUGAGUGUACAGGCCAUCGUAAUGUUCGAUGAUCAGAGAGAUGGAUUCCUCUAUAGCCAUACUGAAGGGGUGUCACGGGAAGACAUCUCUUCAUACCCCAGCCUAACGCCUCCGCCUCUAAGACAGAGCCAACUAUUCAUCACUCAGCUCAGCAAGGACUAUCUAGAGUUGCAGAAGUUGUAGCCAUAUUUGACUUCUAGACUUUCUUUGUCAUUGGACAGAGAUUUCUAGAGUUCCAGUAGACUUUCUGCUGUCUGACCACAGAGUUUCAUUGCUGCUGAUUUGAGUGGGCAGAUUUCAAGAGCCAUGUCACCUGGAUCAACAGAACACGGAUGCAGAUCUUUUGCAAGCUGACAUGUUUUCGUGUGUGGAAAUUAUGGUUUAUCUGCUCUAAGUCUGGUGGAGAUGACAGUGCUGGAUGGGAGUGUGUGUGACUGUAGGUGUGUGUGUGUGUGUGUGGAGGUGACAGCUCUUGGCAGGUGUAGCACUGCUCUAUCUAAGAUUUCCCCUAAAUGUUUACCUCUGUAACAUAAAUGAGAAUGGCAAUUAAAAAAUAAAGUUAAUUAUUUGAAUAA